AUGCCGCGUUUGGCCCUUGACGAACCUGGAGCUGUCGCAAAAAGAGGAAAGCUUCCACAAGAAGCGAAGGAUAUCAUGCAUAGUUACUAUCACCACGUCAGUCACUGGCCUGAUGAAGCCACCCGGGUAGAACUCGCGGCAAAUAUUAGACUCGUCGGCGGACCCCGCUGUACGAAUUACACCCAACAUCACGUAUACCAGUACUUUGCGAACCUCAGAUUCAAGGCCAGGGCUGGAGUUCAACCCGACCUCCCAAGUGAUGUGCAUGAUGAUCAUGGAUGCCGGUAUGCCGUCCCAGAAGCAGUCGUAUACACCACUUCUCUCGACAAGCUUCUCCGCGACGAAUCCGACCCAUCACAAGAGAUGGUAAGGAUGUGGUUGAAAAGCCUUGACAACGGUAUGACUAGCCAAGAUGUCCUGGAGUAUGCACUCUUCAGGAGAACUUGGCUGUCUCGCUUGGGUGACGGUGAUGUUCACAAUCUCGCAUCGUAUCAUACAGCUGCUUUGAGUCUCUCAGAUUGGAGAGCACUACGAAAGAGUCGCCGACAGACUUCAACCCUACCGUCGUCUUCCUCCUUAGCAUACGAACGUGGAGAAACCUCCGAGUCAGAAACGGACAGGGAAAUCCUGAGUUCCUGCAAGACUUCCUGCAAAGACGACCUGGUACCGCAGUCGCCAUCUGGCACUUCAUCCUCAGUAGAUCCAACGUGCCUUGGCACAAGCACAUCACGCGCACUCCCCGACCACGAUGAUGAUCCUAAUGCCAGGCGACGGCGACUUCCUCAGGAAGCGAUUGACAUCAUGCAUGGUUUGUCGUACUCCCACUCUGAGCCGAAUUGUCUUGUAUACUGGUACAGCGUCAGCCACUUCCCCGAUGAAGCCGCACGGCAAGAACUUGCUGCCCAAAUUCAGCUCGCCAGAGACCCCCGCUCCGCGCACUACACGCAGCGGCAUGUCUACCAACACUUCGCAAACCUGAGGCACCGGCUGAAGACUGCUCGAGUACAGCCGAGCAGACCCCGUAAUUCCACCCGCGCCGUCCGAACCAGUGCUUUGUCAGACGCGCGGAGGAACGCGUCCUCUGAACCGUCUGCUGUGGGUCAUAGUAUACAUCAGGAGGGUCUGGACCGCGAGGUAUCUACUAAGUGUACAUCGACUUCCGAAGCAAGCGAUAUCGACUGGCAAAACGUUGCGAUCCCUCCAGCCCCUUCUCCAGACUUAUCAGAAACUGGCUCAGAACUAAAAGGACGAGCAAACGGGGCUGAGAAACAGCCCUUGUCUCAAUCUUACGCUCACUCAGCGGUCGAGGCUGGGCAGUGUCUGUCGACGUCGACCCCUUCUACCAACACUUCGUCUUCAUCCCCACAUACAGCUAUUGUUCAAGACAUUAUCAUGGGGCCGUAUCCCCUCGCAUCCCCUAGUGUAAACCCGACAGCCCUUGCUUCAAGGCUUCACGGCGCUCUGUUGGAAGCGACGACGGGGUGCCGGGGUCAAGAUCCUCCGAAGUCCUUCUCUGAGUUCGGUCAUGGCUACGGUCGUUCAUGUCGAGGUCGGGCCUAUUUCAAUUAUCGCAUGCAUGGAAACGUAAUGAUGGAGUGUCCUAGGAUACCCCAUGCUGGCCACUUCAUAGGCCGCUCAGGGAAGGCCGCGUUGCGACAAUCAUCUGACACACGUUUGCCUCAGAAACCCGCUGUACGACCACGAAAAGGAGUAAAAGUGUUUGGAAGCCAGAUACGGCAUGCUCACCAUCAGAACGAGGCCGUUCCGACGGACUUGUCACUGAAUGCAUGGUAUCGGGCUUGCCCUCCAGCGCUAUCACUCGCAUGCUUGGGUGCUGAUUCUUUCAAGAAGUGGACGUGCCCGAUGCCAGAUCUGCCUGCAGAAAGAUGCUGUUUCCUUCGAACUGAGUGCUCUGCAGCGGCCGGAAACUUCUUGGCAACAGACAACUGUUUGGUCGCAGGGUCAGACACUAAUGGCGAUGACUCCUGGACAUCGUGGUCUGCCCGCAAGGCGUUACAUGGCUGCCUGAUGUUCUACAACAUAGGCAUCGGUGCAGUGUACGUCUCCAUCGCAGUAUUCGUUAUAUAUGACUGGGUAACAACUUUUUCGCAAGAAGCCAAGCUAUAUUGGACAGGGCACACCAAAGCUUUGUCUACCGCCUUGUACUUCGCAAACCGGUAUAUCAUGUUAAUUGUGCAAAUCUGCACAAUGUACAGCUUUGCUCCCUUAUCAGACAAAGGCUGCACUGGUCUCACGUUAGUGGCGGCUGUAGUCAAUAUUGUUGCGUUGGUUCCCCCGAUACUAUUCUCAGGGCUGCGUGCAUAUGCGCUCAGUGAUAACUCGAGGUUAUCCGCAUCUAUUUCGCUGCUAUUGGCCGUUCAAUGCGUGACCAGCCUGGUGCAAUUCAAAUACCACAUCUUCGGCAUUGAAGACCCCAUCUUGGGCUGCCUGCCUUUAGAAGAAGCACCAAACACUCUGGGCAACAUGUAUGCUAAUCCAACGAACGCACUGGAAGACGUACUUGCUUUCCUUCAAUCUCCGGAAUCGGUUUUGACACCUGGUUUACCCAGUCGUGAUUACAAGCCGUACUGCGCACUAGUCAUCAUCACCUGUCGUUCGAGGCUUGUGCGGCGCACGCUAGGAAGCACGGAUGUACCUCGCACAGGUCUUCCUCAGGUUAUGUUGCGGGAUGGUUCUUCUAAACUUAUCAGGCCCACGGAGUCCAUGAUCAUGACGUAUGCGGUGGAAAGUGUACUCCUCGUACUGAAUGUGGUGCAAUUGGUGCUAGCGGUACAGUCUUCCAUGCUUCUCAGCAGCGCAAAUUCCCUCGUGUCGACAUUCAUAACGCCGCUUUCCUCAAUACUAGUGUCUCAUUUCCUUCUCGACCUACAAGCUGCUUAUCAGAGGACGCUUGGCAUGAGACCCGAAGACCUACCAGGGUCUUUAGGGAGCGUAGGCUCCGAAGCGCUCGACCUCAGAGUUCCUUCCGCUCUUGGUUCGCUGGCCGCCAACAUCGACGUGCCUGGUCUAGACAUCUCUGACAACUCUGGAGAGGAAGGAGCUAUGGGCGGUGGCCAGGCGGUGUGA